AUUUUCACCCAUUUCCGACAAAUUUUUAACAGGUUAUUUGAAAAUCAAUUAUUUUGAACAAAAGCUAAACUUAUAUCCUUAAACCCUAAAACCCUAGUCCCAAUUCCUGAAUUUGAGAGAAAAAAAAGAUGCUGAAGUUCCUAUCAAGAGUGAAAAUCGAAUUCAACGCAUUGGAUCCACGCACCGCAUCGUGUAUGGAAUUUCUCGCUCAAUGCAAUUCACGAAAAGCCAAAGAAUCAAACCCCGCUUGCGAAGUCGAGGUGAAGCGUAAAAACGUGGAGCAUCCGCCGCAGAUCACGGUGACAUUCGUUAACGGCGUGGAAGAAGCUUUCGAUGCAACGUCGACGCCGGCGCACCAUAUAACGAAGAUGAUCCUGGAAAAAGGUCAGUUUCUAGAAACCGAACAGAUGUUCCGUGAAGCAGGUGAACAAUGGCCGGUUAUAAUUCCCGAUGAAGAACUCUCUCAACACGCACCUGGCACAAAACCUAGGAAAGCCGAGGAGAAGAAGCAAUAGCUAAAACUGUUAAUUGUACUCACUGCUGGAAAUUGUUCUGGGUUUUGUCCAGUUUCUUUUUGGCUCAGAGAGUGCGGCAUCAGAUUACUUCUGCUGUAUGUCUUGCUGUAUCUUUGGACUAAAUUAUUGAGUUUAUAACUACAUAUGAUUUGCAUAAUAAUUGAUAUCUCGCAAUCGCAGAAUUUUGAAAAUUGUGAACUGUCAAUAGUCAUGCUUUAAUUUUUUUGGUCGAGUUGAUGCUUAUAAAA